AAGAUGCCAUUCCAUCAUGUAACAGCUGGCUUGUUGUACAAAGGCAACUACCUGAACCGCUCACUCUCCGCUGGCAGCGACAGCGAGCAGCUAGCGAAUAUCUCCGUGGAGGAGCUGGAUGAAAUCCGUGAAGCGUUCCGGGUGCUGGACAGGGAUGGGAAUGGCUUUAUAUCCAAGCAGGAGCUGGGCAUGGCCAUGCGUUCCCUGGGCUACAUGCCCAGUGAGGUGGAGCUGGCCAUCAUCAUGCAACGCCUUGACAUGGAUGGGGAUGGCCAGGUUGAUUUUGAUGAAUUUAUGACUAUUCUGGGACCUAAGCUGGUAUCAUCAGAAGGCAGAGAUGGCUUUCUGGGAAAUACAAUAGACAGCAUAUUCUGGCAGUUUGACAUGCAGAGGAUAACCCUGGAAGAGCUGAAGCACAUCCUCUAUCACGCCUUCCGGGACCACUUAACGAUGAAGGACAUUGAGAACAUCAUUAUCAACGAAGAGGAGAGUCUAAAUGAGAACUCUGGCAACUGCCAAACAGAGUUUGAAGUGCACGCCCAGAAGCAGAACAGACAGACCUGCGUGCGGAAGAGCCUUAUCUGCGCCUUCGCCAUGGCCUUUAUCAUCAGCGUCAUGCUGAUCGCGGCCAACCAGAUCCUGCGGAGCGGCAUGGAGUAG